AUGCCUCAAGGUAACGAUGGAGCGCGAUUUCAAUGGUCUCCAAAUGAUCCGGAGAUUAUCUCAGAUGUAUUGUUCGCCAUCGCCAAUGUCCUCAGUUUCGCGCGAACUACUUACCUGAUGCCAGCCUUUGAGGCCCUGGGUCCACUACAAAUCUCUUUCACUCGAAUGCUGACUGACAUCGUUCGCUUUAUGGUUUUAUACGUCUUGGUCAUAUUUGCUUUCAUGGUUGGUCUGCAUAAUCUCUACUGGUACUAUGGCAUCCAAAUGAUAAAUGAUUCACCAAACAGCACUGUAAAGCAACCUUCAACUGAGGUGUUUGAGGGUCUGCGACAUACGCUUUACAGUUUGUUUUGGGCCAUGUUUACUCAAGUCAGUUUAUCAAAACUACCUAUUCGUAGACCGGGUAAGCGCAAAGUCUUUGCAUAUUUUUUUCAUAACUUUCGUCGUUUUAAUGAAGAUCGAGUUUUUAGGUUCAAUUUUUCGUCUAGCUUUGACUCUAACCUUCGAGUUAUUUACUGUUCUAGUAGUGAUGUCAAUAAUCGACCCGUUUAUUAA